AUGACCACCAAACAAGCCCCCCGCGACCUCGACGGGGACCUCACGCAAGAAGACGACGCCGCGCUCUUCGCCGCGCUCGAGAACGAAGACGACUCACUCUACCGCGCACAACGCAUCGAGCAGCUCAACGCAGAACUGGCCUCGGCGCAGCACGCGCGCCCCUCCGGCCCGACCACCAUCGUCGAAGACGGCCUCCUCCCAACCAUCGAAACCGACCAGGCCCUGCUGAACUUCACGACGCAGAUGAACCGGUGCGUCAUCCACUUCGCGCACCCGGAUUUCACCCGGUGCAAGACGAUGGACGAGCACAUGCGGACGCUGGCGGCGCGGCAUCACGAGGUGCGCUUUGCGCGGGUGGAUGUGCGGAAUACGGCGUUUGUGGUGGAGAAGUUGAAGAUCAAGGUGCUGCCGUGUGUGAUCGGGUUUCGGGAUGGGAUUGCCGUGGAGCGGGUGAUUGGUACGGCUACGUUGGAGAAGCGGCUGCUUUGGAAGGGGAUUCUGACGCAGUCGAGGGUGAGGGAGAGUGAGGUUGGGGAGGAGUCGUCUGAUGGGGGGAGUGAUGUUGAGGAUGAGAAUCAGAGCAGACGGAAUGGACGGGGCGCGAUUCGGAGUGGGGGGAUGAGGCAUCGCCAGAUCAAUGACGACGAUGAUGACGAUGAUUGGGAUUGAGAUGCCUGUGGGAUUGUCGACGGGUGCGCGAGGCUACCAUAUGGAUGUGGUGGUGGAGAGAGGGGGCAAAGCGAUAUCCUGUACCUGCGGACGGUACUCCCCCCCCCCUGGAAUGGACACGCCCGGGUGAACCGACCUGCGCGGCGAUAUCUGGACCCAGUCGCUGCAUUUCCGACCCCGUGGGUACUUGCGGGCAGUAUCUGCUGCUUGAGAGCAUACCCAUUCGACGAACAUGCGACCGGUGCACAGAGCUUCCUGCGCCAUGCGGUCUGUUGGUUGCAAUAUACUUCACACAAUUCCUGGUCUAGAUUUGCCAGGGGUCAUGUAUAUCUACGUCACGACCUUGGUCGCACUGAUACCAAUGAUAGACUCAAAC